AUGGCUGCCAUGCCAGGAUUAGCCGAAGAAGUGAUCCAUAUAAACGGGCGAUUCAUCCUGGCCAAGAUCAACAUAAAAUGUAGUCUAAUCAGCGUGCACCAUGGCGGUCGACAUGUUGCUGGGGGGUCUAGUGGCGCCUUUGACGAGUUUAUUGGGACAUUUGGCCUUCCUUUUGAGCGCAGGAUUGAUACUACAACGGCAAAUAGCGAGCAGCCGUCUCCGGUUCUACGGCACCUUGAAUCCUUGAGUUCCACAUAUAUGAACGAUGUCGCCGCUGUCGACGAAGAGGCUGAGUGGCUGGUACGCCGAUGCGAACGAACACUCGUUAACCUCUCUUCGUCAAUCGCCACAUUCACAACACCACCGCUCGAACAGUGGCCUUUACUCCGAAACUCAGAAGUCUUGAGACAAUGGCGUGGUGCGACCUAUUCAGACUUUCUAUAUGUCCAUGGGGGCAUCAAUAUGACUGAGACCAGCAAGCAGCUCUUUUACCUCCUCGAUCAGCAAGCGAUACAUGGAAGAGGACACGAGCCAGUCCUAUACUUCUCCUUUGAUAAGCACGACACAACACGAAACACCCUCAAAGACAUGCUGGCUACAUUUCUCGGUCAGAUGAUCUGCCAUAAGGCCGGUAUCUUCAGGUCCUGGGUCCCACUCCUUUUCGCGCAGAUGAAUGAGGAGCACAGUUGGACAGAUCAAGACUUGCUGCAAUGGUUCAGCGAUUAUAGCAGCAUUCUUUUCACUAUGUCUGCUUUCCUGGUCAUUGACCGCUUCGACGAGUGCCCAAAGGCUGGUCGUGACUCCUUUGUGGAGUUUCUCCAUCGGAGAACAGCUUCUGAGGAAACAGCCUGGAAGGUGGCAGUUACUAGUCGCACGGCGGUCAACCUUCCCCAGGGACUGCAAGGGUGGAGGCACAUCGACCUGGCCGUCGUCAUGGCCUCAGACGAAUGUCUGGAUACAGACAUCCAGGUUAUGAAUACUACGAAGUUGAAGAAGAUUCUGUCAAGGAACCGACCGGAAUUGCUGAACGAUGAUGCUUGGGUUCAGUCGAUCAAUCAAAUCUCCAGCGGCGAUAUUCUAACACAAAGCAUCAUUCUAGAGCAUUUAAUGUCAAUACCAGAAUGGCCUCGCAAGCUUUCCGUGGAAGAGGCGUUUAAUUUCGUGGAAAAGGAAGACUCCGGCGAUGAGCUCGUCAUAAAGAUUCUGGACAGUAUCUUUCGGAAGCUCGCAGACCGUUUCCCGGUACAAACCAUGCCGAAAUGGCUCUUGUACAGCGCGAGGCCAUUGUCGGUGUGGGAGUUCACCUCGGUCAUGUACCCGGAAAGCCUGGACAAUAGUCAUGCGAGCCCUGACCCAGAGAGCGUCCAGGAAUUUGUGCACCUCUGCGAGAGCCGCUUCCGGGGCGUUAUUGAAAUCCGGGAUACGACGGUUCGACUUCGCGACCCUAGGUUGAGAGCGCUGCUGACGAGAACGCCGUCUGUAUCUUCUGCAUACUUGUGGAAUGAUAUUGAUGCCACCCAAGCCGCCCACGACAUAACCAAAGCCUGCCUCCAGUUCCUUAGCCGACCCAAUGUCCAGCAGGAGCUUGAGUCCAUAUUUGAGCAAGCCGCUCUGGAAGAACACAAGUAUGGGCCCGUUUCGGGGUGCACGAACUUCUGCUCAUACGCAGCCUACUCCUGGCCUCGGCACGCCGCCUUCGUUCCGGCCGAGAUGGGGCUGUCUUCUCUCAUGGAUGAAUUCGAGCAGACGGCGAUGAGUGCCGUGUGGCUGAAGUCAUACUGGUGUCUGGAAAACCCAGCCACGAGGACCAAGCAGCCUGCGGAGUCUGUGGAUACUCUGCUUGCUGGCUUGGGGUUGUCCCAUUCAGAUAUAGGAACGUGGGAUUCACGCAGCAUUAGCUUUGCCACCGAGAGAGCAGCAGCUCAAGGUCAGCGUGAAAUGGUCGAGACGCUCCUAUAUCGUUGCGAACAGUCCAACUCAACGCUUAUGGACGCUCUCAUCGCUGCUGCCUCGAGUGGGCAAGAAGAGCUGGUGUUGCACAUUUUCGGCCGCAUAAAGAACACAAAAAGUGCCGGGUCAGAGACAUUCAAAUGGCCACCGUGCCUGCUUUUUCGAGCGGUGUGGUUGGGGAUGGACAAGUUUGCGAGGGCAUUACUCGAGGAUGGAUGCUCUCCCGACCCAGGCGGCCCCAUGGCCGGCAAGCCUCGCGUGUCGCCAUUGUUCCAGGCGACGGGCCACGGUCAUACUGCUACUAUGGAAGCGCUGCUGUCGCACGGGGCAGACAUGAGUUUCACAACUGUUUAUAAUCGCAGUAUCAUUUGCCGCAUCCUACUUGAAAAUGGCGCCAGGCCCGACAUCACUGGCAGGAUUGGAGACUCUGUCUGGUCACUCCGUGACGUUGCCAUAUUCAACAAAAUUAACAGGUGCUGCCUCCAACUGGUGGAAGACGCUCUCGUUUCUAUCACAGUACAGCCUGUAGUGCUACCAGAAACCAUGAAUUCAAAGAAAGGACGCACUGGUGCUUUGAUGAAAUACAUAUGCCAUGGAUGCUACUAUGACCUCCGCGGGUCCGAUUACAUCUGCCCCAAGUGCAGCAUGCAUCUCUGUAACAAAUGCCAUUGGCAUAGAGAUCUCAUCCACGAGCCACUUUGCGAGAGUACCGAGUGGGAGCAAAAAGGCCCCGAGUUUGAAGAGGAACAAGUUCCAGUGGAACCGGAAAGCAAGGGGGAGACUGACGAGAGUGGGGACGAGGACGAAGAUUCCAGCUGCUCGCUAUCUAGUCUGGCGGUCAAGGGACACGGAGUCUGCGAGUCUGUCAACAUUCCAACAGGUACUACGAUCUAG